UAGCAUAUUAAUAAAAGGAAAAAACAAUACUCUGAAAUCGCAAUUGACAUGGAAAACCCUAAUUUCCCGAUUGGGGGAACAGAAUCGGAUCCGGAUUCCGGUGCCUGUUGUAAACGGAAAAGAGGAGAGAUUGAUGAUGUACCGAAAAUCGAUUUGGGUGGCGAAAUUGCGAAAAUCGAUGAUUCCUCCAUGGGCGAGGGCGAGGAGAAGAAAACGAGGGAGGUAAGGGAAUUCGAAGAUAGAUAUGAUAUAAUUUAUCCCUACCAAAGAAGGUUGAUGUUCGAAGACGAAGAUUUUGAUAUGAGAGGUUAUUUCUCAAGUGACGAUGAGGAGAUGCUCGAGGGUAUGGAAAGAGCUCCUUACGACCGCAAGCCUGUUCUCGAAUACAUCUCUCAAGUCCGCAAUAGCUUUGGUUUUGAUGUGGAUGCGCAUAUCCCUUAUUGGAUGAGGCAAGGCAUCUUUUAUUUCAUCCCAAUUCGGUUGUCUCGUGCCGGCCCGGGCUAUCGUGAUUAUGUGAACGAUGCAGCCAACAUUGCCAUUCGCGAAAUCAAUCUUGACAUGAAAAACAAAACUAGUUUCGAGCUUGUGGAAGUAGCCAAGGCUGUGAUCACGUACGCCCCAUUCAAUCUGCUGUUUUUGACUCUUGCUGUGAAAAGAGUUGAAGAAGCAAAAACAGAAACUAUUCGAGCAAUUGUCUAUCAUCCCGUAUGUCAACCUUGGGAACUCCAUCAGUGGAUGCUCGUCAAACCAGAUGCAGCCGAGGCUUGAUUGUUUUAUCUAUCUUGGUAUCCAUCCAUGUGUUUACUUAUGCUACUAUUAGACAAAUUGAUACUAUGAUGUACUAGAACAUGUUUUAGGUUGCUUGGCUACUAGUACUAUGUUUUUAUCGGAUUAGAUAUCUUGAACAACUGAUAUGUUAUGUAUCAACAAUCCUCCUCCUCCUUAGCAGGAUCGGAAGCUUGUGAGUGUUCUAUUUAUGCCACUGUGUGUUUAAUUA